CAGAACAUCCAUUUAAUUGCAUCGUAAAGAUACUGGAUACAGUUUUACAAAAUGAAAGCAGAACAUUUUUCACUCCGGGAUUUUUUUUUCAUUUGCGCUUGCCUUCUGUGGAUAAUAUCCGUUUCAUCGGGGAAAGACAUAAUCGCCAAAAACGACACGAUAGCAGUUUACCAAUCAAGUACGUACGACACGUGUUAUGCUUCCAAUGUUUUUAACAAUAUGACACUUCAUACUUUGGUCGUUCCGGACUCAACACUAUGCCUAACAUGUAGCGCAACAGUCGGGAACAAAUCACCCUGGCUGCAGAUUGACUUUGGCAGAAAAACGAUGAUGCGAAACUUACGUAUUUUUGGACGUGAUUAUGAUACACCCGGACAGAGUAGCAAUCUUCUUGUGUCAAUCAGCAACACUUCACACUUUCUUAACCAAAACUUCUCUACGUGGGAAGAUUUUGGAUGGAUAAAUGCCUCCGAUCCAUACAGAGGGAUCAUGUGGGACCUUGGAGUAAACCGUGUUUUACAGUACCUCGUUUUCAGACGACCUUGGCCAUCGGUUAUGACAAUAUGUGAGGUGGCAGUGUUUAAUACCGAUUGUGUCAAGGGUUCCUUCGGGGAUAAGUGCGCAAGCGUGUGUCAUUGCAAGGAUGAACAACCGUGUGACAGCGUUACUGGGAAGUGUUCUACACCUGGAUGCUAUGCUGGAUGGAAAGGGUACUCAUGCAGUACACAAUGCUCUGGUGACGAAUUCGGGGUAGACUGUUCUUCGACAUGCCAUUGCUAUGACAACGGAGUAUGUGACUCGAUCAAUGGAACGUGUAUUUUCGGAGAGUGUGCACUCGGAUGGCAAGGAAAUACAUGCGACAUAGAAUGCACAUCACCACAUUUUGGACAAAACUGUGGCCAAACAUGUCAUUGCUACAUAUCUGGACCGUGCGAACCCAUCAAUGGACUUUGUACGCAUGGAAUGUGUGCGCCGGGCUGGUUGGGUGAUAGCUGUAAUAAAGAAUGUGACUAUGGUAGAUUUGGGCAAAACUGUAGUAAUUCAUGCCAUUGCUACGACAGCGCAUCUUGCAAUCCCACAGAUGGCAUAUGUUCCAAUUACUUAUGUGAAACAGGAUGGCAGGGAAACAGUUGUAGUGAAGUAUGUGGGUUUGGACACUUUGGCCGAAACUGUAGUCAGAUAUGCCACUGCUAUGACAAUGCGUCCUGCGAUCCAUUUAGCGGUCUGUGUCCGAAUUCAAAGUGUUCUAACGGCUGGCAAGGACCAAGUUGCAAUAUAGAAACGGGCACAUCAAAUGCCUCAACGAUUCUUACAACACAAACAUCAACAGUCACGACGGGACAAAGUGUAUAUGAAGAACUUAAGAAAUAUAAAAGUCGAUACAUAGUAUCUGUCUCUACAGCUGGCGUCUUGGCAUUUGUUGUUGUUGUUGGUCUAAUAGUGGUCUGUUCAAAAUUUGCCAGAAUGAGUGUCAGUUCGUGCUGUUCGACUGUGCAAAGGUAUAUGCCAUUUUAAAAAGGGAAAGAGAUGUUUAUCAUCAAUAUUAAUAUUAUAAAGGCUUUAAAGCACCAAGAAGUUUUACUGACGCUGACAUUUAAACAAGAGAUGAGUGCAUGUGUAUUCAUUAUGCUAUUCGGAACACUCAAUAAUAAAGCCAUUAGUGACAAAGUUUCUUAAAGACAACAAUUGCUAUUUCUUCUUUUUAUUAUUAUUAUUUUCAAUAAUUGUUUUUAAUCUCCAAAUGCGUUCAUUAUGUUUAAUUUAAAUAUGACAAUUA